AUGGCGGAAGCUGCAUCAUCGUCGUUGUCAGCUCUUUCCGGGAAAUCGGAUUCGGAGAUUGAAGACAUGCUGGAUCGUAUGCUGACCCGAUUGGCUCUCUGUGAUGACUCCAAGCUCCAGAACUUGCUCUCCAAGCUUCUUCCCCUCACCAUUUCCUCUCUCUCCUCUCAGUCCCCUGCCGUCAGAAACAAGGUUAUCGAGAUCCUCAGUCAUGUGAACAAGAGAGUGAAACACCAGCCCGAGAUUGGUUUGCCAUUGUCAGAUUUGUGGAACUUGUAUAUGGAAGCUAAUGCUACUCCAAUGGUUAAGAACUUUUGCAUUGUGUAUAUUGAGAUGGCAUUUGAACGUGCACAUAAGGAGGAAAAGGAAAUCAUGGCACCUCUUCUUCUGGCUAACAUUUCAAAGCUUCCUCCUCAGCAGCAAGAGAUAAUCUUGAGAACCAUUGCAAGGAUGACCAAGGAUGUGGUUACCUCUGUUCUGGAGUUGAAGUAUCCCGGCUUUUCCCCAGCAUGGAAGAAGUAG